CUGUUGCAGAUGACAGAUGUUACCGAUACGCAGACUGUGCGAGCUGUACUGCCAACACAAAUGGGUGCCAGUGGUGUGAUGACAAGAAGUGCAUUUCAGCGAACAGUAACUGUAGCAUGUCAGUUAAAAACUACACCAAAUGUCAUGUGAGGAAUGAACAGAUCUGCAAUAAACUUACCAGCUGCAAAAGCUGCUCGCUACACCUGAACUGCCAGUGGGACCAGCGGCAGCAGGAGUGCCAGGCGCUCCCUGCUCAUCUGUGUGGGGAAGGAUGGAGUCAUAUUGGAGAUGCCUGCCUCCGCAUAAAUUCUAGUCGCGAAAGCUAUGACAAUGCCAAACUGUAUUGCUACAAUUUGAGUGGGAAUCUUGCCUCAUUAACAACCUCAAAAGAAGUGGAAUUUGUUCUGGAUGAAAUACAGAAGUAUACACUUCAGAAGAUUUCACCUUGGGUAGGUUUACGCAAGAUCAACAUCUCCUACUGGGGAUGGGAUGACAUGUCUCCUUUUACAAAUACAACUCUGCAGUGGCUUCCUGGAGAGCCAAAUGACUCUGGCUUCUGUGCGUAUCUAGAAAGAGCAGAGGUGGCAGGUCUGAAAGCAAAUCCAUGCACUGCAAUGGCAGAUGGUCUUGUGUGUGAAAAACCUGUUGUCAGUCCCAACCAGAAUGCCAGACCCUGCAAAAAGCCAUGUUCCCUACGAACAACAUGUUCUAACUGCACAAGUAAUGGUAUGGAAUGCAUGUGGUGUAGCAGUACAAAACGAUGUGUUGACUCAAAUGCCUAUAUAAUCUCCUUCCCAUAUGGACAGUGUCUAGAAUGGCAAACUGCCACAUGCUCCCCUCAAAACUGCUCUGGAUUGAGGACCUGCGGACAAUGUUUGGAACAGCCUGGGUGUGGAUGGUGUAACGAUCCCAGUAACACUGGAAAAGGACAAUGUUUGGAAGGAUCAUCAAGAGGACCAAUGAAACCUGUUGGCAUGCACUCUAAUGAAAUGGUGCUUGAUGCUAGUCUUUGUCCAAAAGAGAAAAAUUAUGAGUGGUCUUUUAUCCAGUGUCCAGCCUGCCAGUGUAAUGGCCACAGCACCUGCAUCAACAGUAAUGUCUGUGAUCAAUGUAAAAACUUAACAACAGGAAAACAAUGUGAAACGUGCAUGCCAGGAUAUUAUGGGGACCCCACAAAUGGGGGACAGUGUACAGCUUGCACAUGCAGUGGACAUGCAAAUAUUUGUCACAUGCAAACAGGAAAAUGUUUCUGCACAACUAAGGGAAUCAAAGGAGACCAAUGUCAACU